UGUUUCAUCACGGGCAGGUGCGGCGAACCGACAGUGGGCGAGGCUUAUAGUUGAAGAAUGAACUUCAAAUUGUGGCGUGCAUCAGCGUCCAUCUUUAGCCAUGAGUUUUACAAAGCCAUACAUUGGCUGCAAAAUAGGCUUGCUUUCAAAAGCCCAAAAUCGCUAUGAGGGAAUUUUGUACACAAUUGACAAAGUCAACUCUACAGUUGUGCUGGCAAAAGUCAAAUGUUUUGGAACGGAAGGACGACCUACUGAAAGACCUACACCCCCUAAAGACGAUAUCUAUGAGUACAUCACCUUCCGGGGAAGUGAUAUCAAAGAUAUAACAUUGUGUGAAGCCCCAAGGCAUCAUGGCUUACCUCCAGAUCCAGCAAUAGUUCAAUCCCAGUCAUCAAGUGCAGGGACAUCAAGUAUCUACCCUCCUCUUGGGCCAUUUAGUCCAAUGCAGAUGCCUGCUUACAACCAGCUUGCUGCCGCUUCACUACUUAACCAACAAUAUGCUGCAGCCCUUGGCUUAGGCCCUAUGCUUCCAGGCUUGCAUGUUAGAAGAGGACCCAUGGUGGAAAAGGCUGUUCAAACCCUCUGGGUGGAAGACACUAGACAGAGGAGAGGUUUGACUAUUCCCCAAGAGCAGGAGCAGCGCUGGGAGAGGAGAAGGCCCUUCAGGACCAGAGAAGAAACAACUACCGCUCCCAGAAGGGGCAUCGUAUCCAGCGUAAGGUCAGGCCUAGUGGUGCCUGAUGCUCGUCAGUCUUCUCAGCAGCAGAAUGAUGAAAACAGGCCUCCAACCAGACGUCAAGUUGUAGGUCCCCGAAGACGUAGCAACCGUAGUAGGGGUUCACUGAUAGUGGCGAAGAUUCCCUCAGCCACCCUCAAGUUUGACACCGACUUUGAUUUUGACUCCUCAAAUGCACAGUUCAAUAAGGAGGAGCUGGAGCGGGAGGUUCAGGCCAGGAUGAAAAUAAAAGAUGGAAAUCCUGAUACAGGAGAAAAACAAGGAGAUGGAGCACAUCCGAAUACAUAUGAUCAUUUUGGACCAAAGUGCUACUAUGACAAAGCAAAGUCCUUCUUUGAUAAUAUCUCUUCUGAUAAUAAACUUUGGCUAACCUGGGCAGAGGAGCGCAAGCGUAAUAUGGAGACAUUUGGGCUUCCUGGACGGUUUCGCAGAGGCCAGGGUUUCAGAGGUGGAUAUAUUGGACAAAGAGGACGAGAUGCAGCUCAGACUGGGAUUCCUUACAGAAGCGGUAAUGGACAGUUGUAGAGGUCUAGGCUCAUGUAUGGAUGUACCGAUCUAUGCCCCAGAAGUGUUGUUAUUGUAAUGAUUGCAAAAUUGGACUUUCCCACAUUUGUGUCUAAAUGUUAUUUUUCUUGUAUCUGUAUAACCUUGGGUAUUUUACACCCACAUGCUAUCUGUUUCAUUUUCAUUCAAUGUUAAUAUAAAAUUUGCAUAGGACUGCAUUUUUUUUCCUUUAAAAGUGAAUAUCUAAGUUUUCUGUGAUUUGCAGAUUUUCCCUCGUUAAAUGUGGCAUGAGUGGUAAUUGUAAUAUGAACUUUUUUUUCAUGAAUAGUUUGGCAAAGCUGUAAAAAAAAAAAAAAAGCCUAGUUAAUCUGACCUUGGGGCUUUUGAGGUUAUUAUGCUUCUGCUUUAUUUAAUUUAUAUUUAAGCCAUGGUUUAAACAAAUGUGUAAAUAAACAGGAAACUGCU